AUGGCGCGCUUGCUGUCGGAAUUGCGGCGUCUGCCGGCGCUGGGGGGCAGUGGGGAGACUAAUUCAGUACCUCUCGAGCAGGUGGGCGACUUCCUGGACGCCAUCCUUUUGGCGCACGCGGACAGGGUAAUGAUUCAAGAUAAUGCAGCACCAUCCAACAUGGCUACACUGCUGCAGAGUGAUGGUCAGCUGCCGCCCGUGACGCGCGACGCGUUCUUCGAGCGCUUCAAGCCGCGUAGCAGCACGCAGACGCUGUGCGGCUACCUGUUCCAGCGCAACGACAUCGUGUUCAACUGCAAGACGUGCCAGUCGGACGAGACGUGCGUGCUGUGCCUCAAGUGCUUCCAGAACGGCAACCACGAGGGCCACGACGUGUUUUUCCACCGCACGAGCCCCGGAGGCGUCUGCGACUGCGGAGACAGCGAGGCCUGGGCCCCCGAGGGCUUCUGCGUCUACCACGGGCAGAGAGACGGCGAUGCGGCGGCCAGUUCCAGCAGCGAGAGCGCCGGAUCGCUGCCCGAGGACAUUGUUCAGGUGGCGGACGCGCUGUUCACGGCUAUUGUGGACUUUUGUGUGGAGAUGGCCAAGCGCUCCAUGCAGGUGUUCGACGCCGAGUUCGUGGACGCGCACGGCCGCCAGACGCUCAACGAGCUGCGGGGUCUGGUGCAGGAGCGAGGCUACAGCAUGGAGGACGCGCAGAGGCUGGAGAAGCAGUUCCACGUGCGGAUCUGCAACGACGAUGUCCACUCCGACGAGGAUUUGAUCCGCUCGCUGUCGCAGAAGCGCAUCUCGAGGGCGGAGGACCUCGUGCGCGCCAUUGACUCGAACGGGUCGGAGAUCGUGGCCCAUAAUUUGACGCUGCGGGACGCAUUGACGCUGAUGCAGGCGCUGAAGAGUGAAGGUUGGCAUGUUUGUGUUGUACAGGACACGUUUAUUCACGACGAGGAUGUGCUGCUGCGCGUGACGCAGUGGGUGAAGGCGAUCUGCUCGCUGUCCAAGCAGCUGCACGUGUUGUUUUGCGAUAAAUUGUUUGCUACGACCGGCCAGAGCAAGGAGCCGAUCCAGGUCAUGUUCCUCUCGGACCCGUACUUCCGGAAGGAUAUUGUGCUGGAGCUGUAUGAAUUGUAUCUCAAGCUGCAGGGCGACAAAGACCCGAAGCUGCAGUUCUCGAUUGUGUUCCUGAAAGUGUACAACCGGAUGAUGCUUAAGUAUUUCUGUGGCGUGGGCACGCGCGAAGAAUCGCUGUUUCAAUAUGGAGUGCAGAUUCUCACGACUCCAUCCAUCGUGCACCACUUGGCGACGCUUGGUCUGCUGGAUAUGCUGCUGGAUACGAUCAACACGGCCCUUGAGAUGGCGCGCGCUCCCGCGCUGCCGCCUCAUCAACACCAGGGAGUUCACCAUAUCUUGGAUUGUGACCACCCGCUGCUCAAAUUCAAGCGCUACCACUUCGUGAUUGAAAACUUUGGAUAUGUGUUGGGGAUUCCAGCUAUGUCGAGUGCCUUGCUUCUCCGCUCUGAUUUGCUGGAUAAGUGGCUGGACGGACUUGCAGAAAUUCAGGGCCUUGAUCCGCAGGUGCGGAUACAGGAUGGCCGCGCGCACGUGACUUACGAAACCCAAUCCUGGCUGACCGCGUUUGCGUUCCACGCCAACAUCAGUAAAAUUCUUACGUUCAUUUCCAAGGGGCUUCGCUACCACGAGGCUGCGGACACAGAAACUCGCAACCGAGACCGCGAGCGCAUGGUAUUUAAUAUGCUGGAAGGUUUCUGGGACCAAUUGGAUCGUGCCGGCAUGACCACGACUCGACUGAAGCUUUUCGUACCACCAUGCGGACGGUUAAUGGGCUCUACAGACAGGAUUGUCAAGUAUGACGUCUCGACGCAGCCCGUUUCAUUUCAUAAUCCUCUUCACGGACUACUUGCAAGUUUUCUUAUUGAGAGCUUGUAUUACGGUCCACCGCCCGCUCCUGGAAGUGCCGUUCCUUGGAUCACGAACUGGGGUGCGCUUCUCGAGCGAUCUAUGGCAAAGGUGUUGAACGGCGCCGAAGGAGAGGAGCAGAACGACUUCGUGCGACAUCAGAAAAGUAUGUUGAUUUAUGGAAUGAUGGAGUAUCCGCUGCGCUCUCUGGUUCUCUGUGCGCAGAUCAGUUGUGGACUGUGGAUUCGUAAUGGGCAGAAUAUGCAGCGUCAGAUGUUGAACUACACGAGCCCGCCGUGGUGCAGCGAGCUGCGCGACUUGGACCUCUUCCUUGUGCAGGUGAGCUCGACAAUUGUCGGUUUCCCGAAGUUUUUGACGAUCUUUUUCGAUCGUUUCGGCCUGUCGGAGUGGCUUCUUGCGUGGGCAAACGUUCGCAACGCUAGUGACGAGAGCUCCGGUAUUUCUGCUCGCGAGGCGAAUUCCGGUGGCGCAGAAGACGAGAAACUUGUUGGAGUUCUGGAGGCUGCGCUGCUGCAGUUGAUUUGGAUUGUAACCGAGCUCACUCCCCCGUUGGAUGCUAUUGAGCAACGAGAUACGGUGCUUCGUCGCGAGAUUAUCCAUCGCUUGAGUCAACAUCCGUGCCGUCUGUCCGAGUUGCUGGACCAAACGACGUUCGUCGUUUCCACGCCGUAUGGUGGCAUCUCAGCUCGGCAGGAGAAGCAGCAUCUUACUCGUCUAGAACGCGUAUUGGAUGAAGUUGCGGAUGAGCAGGUUAAGCGUUCUGUCAUGGUGGCUCCUCUUGGUGACGGCGCAGGUGAUGAUGAUAGCAUGGGCGAUGGCGCGAUGGAACCCACCAAGUACAUUCUGAAGAAGGAGUACUAUAAAGAGUACGAUCCAUCCUUUUAUCACUUGAGCCGCUCCAGCCACGAAAAGGCCCAAUUUGCCCGACAGGAGGCUUUGUUCAAGACGUGGAAGGUAGAAGAUCCACCUAUCCCGUUGGUGGCACAAAUUCCGCCUCCCCAUUUGUCGUUAGGCACGGUGCGGUUCCUUGUGCUGGAGAAGGGUCUGCUGAGCAUCUUGCGCCUCGUACUGGAAGACGCGAACUGUCCUGCUGAUGGCAAUUGUGAAGGCACAAGUUGCACUCCUGGAAUGAAGAGGACGAACGUUAUGGUAGUGCUGCGCACCAUUCACCUGAUCAACCUGAUCGUCCUUGUACUGAAGCGUGGUGCCGGUGGCUCUGCCCUGCCCCAACAAAACGAGGUCGUGCUAUCCGAGAGUAAAAGACGCCAGACUCUUGCGCUGUUGCGAAAUGGCCCUGAGGCGUUUGAAGAGGCUGACACAACAUCUCGUGCGCUUUCGAAGGACAUGGUGAAGCAUGAUUUUGAAACGUCCAAGUCUACGGUCUCGGCGAUUUACUGGAUCUUGAACGAGUUAGCGGCACUGGACCGCGUCAUUCACGCCUACGUUGAGCUUAAGGUUUGGAGCGGUAUGAAGAAACAUGAGGAAUUGGUGGCUGAGAAUGGUAUGUCCAAGGCGCAACUCAAGAAGCUCCAUCAGCAGCGAGCUAUCGCUGCGAUGAUGGCGCGCCAGAAAGCUUUCGCCCAGUCAAGCGCCUUCGCUGAGAUGGAUGACGACGAUCAGGAUGACGAAGACGCCGGUGGAUCUGGAUCUGGCAAGUUUGGCAUGGACUCUGAUGAAGCUACUCACGAUGUGCCUGGGCAUACGAUUGUGUACCGUCCGCCUCCUCCGCCAGACUGCAUUAUUUGCUCUCAGAAGGAGAAGGAUGAACCUAUCAUGUACAUUGGUCACGCGCAAAUGAGCCGAGUUAAUGCUCAUGCUCUUGAAAACAUUCCUGGAGAUGUGGAGACUGCUGUCGCUGAGGGGAAUAACGCCAACGAUAGCAGCAGCAGUACGCCGUCUACCUCUGCUGCUGGGGCGACAGUGUUCCCGCCGCAAGUUCACUUAUCGCUGUGUGGUCACGCUGUCCACCUGCACUGUUGGCAAAAAUAUUUCGAAUCGGUGCGGGCCCAGUCUCGCAUGAGCGAUGGUGAAGAGGAGGGCGAUGAAAGGACGCGUGAAGACAAUAUCCGAGCGAUGAACCAGUUUGCCGUGUCUUUCCUGGAGGCUAUGCUGCGUUUCCAACCGGAAAUGACGCACCUGGCAACAGCGAUGAGUGCGCUGAAGAAGGGGUUCUUCUCAACAGGGCCGCAACUGACGCACUUGAUAUGGUCAUCUGUGGCUUCGACGAUCACAAGCACUCAGCUGAGUGGCAUUUCUUCUGCUAUCUACUCGUUUGAGGCGUACACAUCGUCUAAGAAUGGACAAAAGGGAAGCAACUGGCGGACAAACUCUGCGAAUCGACCUAACGGCGGCGGCACUGGCCCCGCGACUGCGGCGUCUUCAUUUUCGUCGCUGAGAAUCACCAACAUCCUAAACCCAGCAGUGCCGUGCCUCAAAACUCGCGUCGCUGUGUCUCUGCCCGAAGCGCUUGACCCUCAGCUGGAUCAAUUUACACCCAAGGACGACAGCAAGCUCAACGUGCUGCUUCGGUCGCUUCGACGAGUGCCGCUGCUCUUCACUAACCGUCGACGAGAUUUUUACCAGACGAUGUGCCACCCGAUCGCACAGAACCUUCGACUUUCGUUGGGGCCUGAGCAGUGGUUAGAGACGUUGUCACAGGGGCCACCUCUGCAACUUGGUCAGCCCAUCCUGGGCCAGGAUCUGUUUUACCUGUGUGUGGCGAUCUGUAGCAGUAUGCUGACGACGAAGGCCGAUAUUCUGGUUACGAUCCGGUCACUGUGCGUGCUGUACAUGGCUCAGGUGCUCAUUCAGCUAGCUCAAAUGGAAACUGAAGACGAAGACGACUGUCUCGAGGAAGAGCAGAACGAAGCUAAGGGAAGGAAUAGUGCCAGGAAUGGCGCCACAAGCGACGAUGCGUCCCCAGAGCAAAUGGAAGAAAUGCAACGUGGACUCGAGACACUUAUGGCUCGUCUUGCACAAGAUGCUGGUGUGAUUUUGGUCGUGGAAACGGAUGAGCAUGCUACUUCCCGUCGCCGCCCAGCCCCUCAAGGCCGACAGCUCCAGCUCCUGUUCAAAUCGUCGUGCUUGGCGUUCAUGCGGCAGGUGACACUUUUGUGUCGUGCAUUUUUCCGUGGUGAUCAGGACCCUGAUGCGUCGUGGAGUGCCAAUUUCGUGAGCUCCCUGCGGCUUAGCACUAACUACCACGACAUGUGCCAACAAUUGGGGCUGCCCAGGAUUACCCAGCUUCUGGCGGACGAGGCGCUUGUGGAGUACCUCCUGCGGGCUGCGCGUGAGCUUCGUGUUCGUCCUACUGCUGCUGCUGUAUCCGAUGAGCUACAGACUCGCUACAAGCAGCACGGUCACGCUGAGCCGCUUAUCGAGGCUCUUCAAGGGCUGGCCUUCAAGGGCUCCGCUGAACGGGAACUGCUGGUCACGCGUGGAAAUCUGCGCGAGAUGCCGAAGCUGCCUCUUCGGUUGGAGCCCGAUGCCCAGCAGCACAAGAACCUGUUCCACUUUGCCAACAUUCGACUCGUGAAGCUGGCGUCUUCGUACACCGACCUGCACUCGGAAGUCCUGGGCAAGAGCAAGUGCAAGCAGACGUGGAAGACGGUGGAGAACCCAGCGAUCUGCCUCGUGUGCGAACAGGUGCUUUGCGCUGGAACAGAGUGCUGUCGACGACGCAGCGACGGCAUGGGCGCCUGCACGCACCAUGCCAUCACGUGCGGCGCCGGCGUCGGACUCUUCUUCCUCAUGCGCUCGUCCUCAGUGCUGCUCGUGUUCGGACCUCGGAGCUCCUACUUCGGCUCGCCGUACCUCGACAUGUUCGGCGAAGAAGACAUCAACGUGCGUCGUGGCCGCCCGCUGUACCUGAACCCCAAGCGCAUGAAGGCUCUUCAGGCGCUGUACGCGAACCAUCAGCUGGCCAACGAGGUCGCGCGCAAUCGCCGGACGUCCGACCAAUACAUUCGCAAUAACUAUUACUGA